ACGUCCGAGUGAACGCCGAAACUAGCCGAUCUAGUACAAGACUGAAGAAAUCAAGAAACUAAAAAUCUGUCGUUCACCUUAGUGUUGUAAAUUUUGAAAAUUCAACAAAAUGAUAAUGUAAAAGCUUAAUAAGACAAUCUUGUUUUCAUUUUAAUUGUAUCUUAGUGAUAUUGUUUAGACUGUAACACCCAAAACUCUGUAUUUCGUCGGCAAAGUGAGAGAGUUCAGUGCGAGUGCAAGGGUGGUAACGAGAAAUGUGAAGUAUCUAUGAAGUUCAGGAUUCUAAAGACUUUUAUUUUAUACCUAUAAUAAUGAGCGGACGCCCUAGGACCACGUCAUUCGCCGAGGGCAGCAAAUCCGUUCGAAAGACAUUCGAUAAUCAACCACCAAAACCCCUAGGAGGGGUAAAAAUCAGCAGCGACGUGGAAACUCCUAAAAAGGCCGAGCUGGCUACGGAAAAGAAAGGCGCUGCGCCGCGCAAGGACGGCUCAAAGGUGACGACUGUGGUGGCGACGCCGGGGCAAGGCCCCGACCGGCCGCAGGAAGUGAGCUAUGCCGACAUGAAGCUCAUCGGUAACGGCAGCUUCGGCGUCGUCUACCAGGCCAAACUAUGUGACACCGGCGAGCUCAUUGCCAUCAAGAAAGUGCUCCAGGACAAAAGGUUUAAGAAUCGAGAACUUCAAAUUAUGCGACGGCUGGAGCACUGUAAUAUUGUCAAAUUGAAAUACUUCUUUUACUCUAGUGGAGAAAAGGCGGCAGUGCCCGCAGCAGUCAGUACGUUGUUAAACGCAAUGCAGUCUAUUGAAGUCACAAAGGACGAAGUGUACCUGAACCUGGUGCUGGAGUAUAUCCCCGAAACUGUGUAUAAAGUGGCACGUCAUUACUCCAAAGAUGAACAAACCAUACCCAUUAGUUUUAUAAAGCUGUACAUGUACCAGUUGUUCAGAAGCUUAGCGUACAUCCACUCGCUCGGCAUCUGCCACCGGGACAUCAAGCCACAGAACUUACUCCUCGACCCGAAGACGGGCGUCCUGAAACUGUGCGACUUCGGCUCCGCGAAACACCUCGUGCGCGGCGAGCCUAACGUCUCGUAUAUAUGCUCGCGUUACUAUCGCGCGCCGGAACUUAUUUUCGGCGCUAUAGAUUAUACCACUAAAAUCGAUGUGUGGAGCGCGGGUUGCGUUGUAGCAGAGUUGUUGCUCGGCCAGCCCAUCUUCCCGGGAGACUCCGGCGUAGACCAACUCGUGGAAAUCAUCAAGGUGUUAGGCACUCCCACGCGGGAGCAGAUCAGAGAAAUGAACCCGAACUACACAGAAUUCAAAUUCCCUCAGAUCAAGAGUCAUCCAUGGGCGAAGGUGUUCCGAGCGUGCACGCCGCCGGACGCCAUCUCGCUGGUGUCGCGGCUGCUGGAGUACACGCCGGGCGCGCGGCUGUCGCCGCUGCAGGCGUGCGCGCACAGCUUCUUCGACGAGCUGCGCGAGCCGGCCGCGCGCCUGCCCAACGGGCGCGCGCUGCCGCCGCUCUUCAACUUCACGGAGUACGAGCUCAACAUCCAGCCCUCGCUCAACGACUUCCUCAAGCCGCGCGCCGCGCCCGUCGCCGACCCGCACCUGCCCUCCGCCAGCCACCAGCCCGACGCCGACCAGGACCCGCCCGGAGAGAGCGCGGCGGGCAGCGGGCCGAGUGGGUCUCCGGGCGCGUCGUAGAGCCGCGCUCGACACCACGCAGCACCGGCCGCGAGCCUCGGAACCGAGCCGAUACGGAUUUUAGAUUGAGAGUCAUUCGUAUGCUUACUAGACAUAGUCCUUUUUAUUGGCAGUCGGGGAUAAAUUUUAUGCAUAAUAGGUGUUUUCGGCGAGUUAUCGUGUGAUACUGUAGUGUGAUUGUCGAUAAAGCUUGAGCUGUCGUAGUCGGUGAGAAGGGUAAAUCCGCUGUAGAUUCUGAACCGUCGCGACGUGAUUACUUUGUACUUUUGUAAGCUCAAAUUGUCUCUUUGUGUACAUACCUUAAACGUUGAGUUGGAGAGUGACAUUUACCGGGUGACGACAGAUGACCCGGCCCGCCGUGCCGGGGCCGCCGUCGACGGCGCCACUGUACGGGCGUACCUUGCUUGGCCGUGUAAUCAGUAGGGCAGACGUAUUCUGUAGUGCAUUAAUGUAUUUAUUGUUGGAACGUAUCACUAACUCAUAAAACUUACGAAGCGUAUGCCUAGUGUUAUUUCAACGAUGAAACUUAGCAGAUGGUACAUUUUUCGCAUUCAUAGGGAGCAUACUUGUAAAUUUUUAUAACUAGCAUAAACUGAUCUCUCGAGAUAAUUUAUAAUGUUUAAUGAUAAUAACUCAGAAUAUUGUAUUUGUAUAAACAAUUCAGAGAAUAUAAUUUUUUUAGAUUUACUACAUUAUAGAUUUUUUUCGGGCAACUUCUAUAUGUAAUGACCUUUUUUUAUUGCGGUGUACCUUAUUAAGUCUUAUCCAGAGCUGGAUAAAUGUAAUCUAUUUGAUAGCACUGUCGAUGUCCUAAUGUAACGACAUAGUUUUUCGAUAAUAUUGUAUUCUAUAUUCAAUAAAUGAUAUUUCUAUUAUAUAAAAAAUGUCAUUGAAAACACUAUGGUUAUUAGUAGUCAUUUAUGAAACGGUGUAUAAAUAAAGCUAUUUUCAUUGUCAUAGUUUUUAAGUACGUACCUAUGCGAACUAAUUUCGUUUUGCACUUCAAUUGGGCAUACAAACAAAUUAGGCAAAGGUAGUAAACCUUUAAUGUAGACUAUCGAAAUCUUUAUUCGUGAAAUACGUAGUCUCAGCGCGCGGCCACCGGCUUAGUCGCGCGUGCGCGCCGACUUACGAAUAGAGGCAUUUGAAACUUAUUCAAGGUAGGUUAAAAAUUAUAGCGUUCUUCAUCGGAAUACUUUCCCUUCUCUACUAAGAUAUUGCUUCGUGAGAAAGGUCUCAUUCAUUUUCCAUUUUCUUUAAAUAUGGUAAUGUCAUUAACGAUAUAAUUGUUGUAUUUGUGUAUUCGGGGAGGUUAUAGGUAGCUCGGACACCUAAACAGCCUACGUAAUGUUGUAACCUAUCCGUUAGUAGCACGGUCACGAUUCACGUCCUAAUAAUGAUUACAGUUGGUCGAAAGUUUUAAAACUGAACAAGUGUAUAUUCGUCGCAAUCUCGACGUUAUAUAUAGUCAAAAUAUUAAAGUAACGUAUCGUUACAUAUACUUAUACGCAAUUAUUUUAUCUUUUACAUGUAAUGAAAUAUAUGUGCUAGAAUAUUUUUUCUUUUUAGCAUGCACCGCCUCGUACUUCCAAAAUCCUCGUUUUACCUUUGAACCCUGAACGAUGACUUUUAAUUAGCUGUAAAAUUAUAGUAUGUUAGGGAUGUAUCAUCGCCAUUCGGUGAGCGCGCGGCGCAUCGAUUUGAAAUCACACCUAGUGGAGCUUAGUUGUCGUCAAUAAGGCUAUUGAUUUGCUGACACCUUUAUGUCUUGUAAAUAUAUUAUAAUUAUCUUUGUGGUAUGACUCUGAGUGCCGUUUAUCGGUUUUCGGGUGGGCGUAGGCUAGGAGGGUGAAGCCAGCGCCUGGUAUUUGUACCGGGUGUGUAGCGCCUUGUACCGGGUGCGUGCCACCCUGUACCUGGUUUGUUCCGCCCUGUACCGGGUGUGUGCCGCCCUGUACCGGGUGUGUGCCGCCCUGUACCGGGUGUGUGGCGCCCCGUACCGGGCGCGGAUGACCCGGUACCGGACGCCCGCGGCCUGCGACCGCCGGCACCGCAGCGGGCUCGGGGCAGUAGUUUAGAUACGCAUAUUUUUAUUAAGUCUAUAAUAUGGAUUUUGUAAUCGACGUCGCUUCUAAAGACCCUCUGUGUAAAAAGAUUAAGACAUACUAGUGACCUGAAUGUAUGAAAAUGAUGUUUAUUGAACUUUAUCCCACUGAAUUCUCACUCUCACGUUUUGCGUGCACAUUUACUACCUUUAUGAGAAUUUCCGUAUAUAAAACACAUAGUUCGAAAUGGGGUUAUGACUUAUAAAUUAUUUAAAGUAAAAGGACUUUUUAUUAUUACUAUUACUGUAAUAUUAAAUUUAAUAGUGAGUGAAAUUUGUAUUUUGUUUUAAAUUUGUUUAACUGAAAUUGAAUACAUCAUAACACCCAUAUCGUUGUUAGUUAUGAAUGAAAAUAACAUAAUUAUAAAAGUAAAUAUUAAAUGAAUAGUA